AUGGACCGCAAGACAUCAAUGCUUAAAAUUGCUGAUCUGGGGCUUGCAAGAAGCUUCACUCUGCCUAUCAAGAAGUACACUCAUGAGAUAUUGACCCUUUGGUACAGGGCUCCUGAGGUUCUUUUGGGCGCUACUCACUACUCAACAGCAGUGGACAUGUGGUCUGUUGGUUGCAUAUUUGAUUGCUGGAACUUGACUGUGGUCAGUGGCUAUGAAAUGUUGCAUUAUGAACCAUCAAGAAGGAUUUCAGCAAAGAAAGCCAUGGAACAUCCUUAUUUUGACGAUUUAGACAACCUUAUUUUGACGAUUUAG